AUGUCGGCCGCUCCCAAGUCUCACCCCUCCAUCGUUGACGGCUGGUUCCGCGAGAUCUCGCCCCAGUGGCCUGGUCAGGCUAUGACCCUCAAGGUCAAGCAGAUCCUCCACCACGAGAAGUCGCUCUUCCAGGAUGUCCUCGUCUUCGAGUCGGAGACUUACGGCAACGUCCUCGUCCUCGACGGUGCCAUCCAGGUCACCGAGCGUGACGAGUUCUCGUACCAGGAGAUGAUCACUCACCUCCCCAUGUGCUCGCACCCCAACCCCGAGAACGUUCUUGUUAUCGGCGGUGGUGACGGUGGUGUCAUUCGUGAGGCCCUCAAGCACGACACUGUCAAGAAGGUCACCCUUUGCGACAUUGACGAGGCUGUCAUCCGUGUCUCCAAGCUCUACCUCCCCACCCUCUCGGCCUGUUACGAGGACCCCCGUGUUGAGGUCUUCAUCGGUGACGGCUUCAAGUUCCUUCCCCAGCACGAGAACGAGUACGACGUCAUUGUCACCGACUCGUCGGACCCCGUUGGCCCUGCCGCCGCUCUCUUCGAGGCUCCUUACUUCACCCUCCUCCACCGUGCGCUCAAGGAGGGCGGCCACAUGUCGACCCAGGGCGAGUCGAUCUGGCUCCACCUUCCCCUCAUCCAGGAGCUCCGUGCGACCACCAAGAAGAUCUUCUCCGUUGCCGAGUACGCCACCUCGACCAUCCCCACCUACCCCUCGGGCUCGAUGGGCUUCCUCGUCUGCUCCAAGGAGCCUACUCGCCAGAUGAACGUCCCCCUCCGUGAGAUCCCCGGCUGCAAGUACUACAACGCCGAGGUCCACAAGGCCGCCUUCGUCCUCCCCGAGUUCGGCCGUGCCAUGAUCCAGGACGGCAAGAACAUCCUCCCCGUCUUCGGUGGUGUCCGCCCCGGCCAGGCUUCGGGCCAGGGCUCGGACAAGAAGGUCCUCCUCCUCGGCUCGGGUCUUGUUGCUGCUCCCGCCGCCAAGUACAUCACCGACCGCGGCCACGGUCUCACCGUUGCUUGCCGUACCCUCGAGACCGCUGAGUCGCUCGCCACAGGUCUCCCCAACGCCACUGCCAUCUCGGUCGACGUCUCGUCGCCUGACGCUCUUCGUGCCGCCAUCAAGGGCCACGACGUUGUUGUCUCGCUCGUCCCCUACACCCACCACCGUGCCGUCAUGGAGGCUGCCCUCGCUGAGAAGGCCCACGUCGUCACCACCUCGUACAUCAACCCCCAGAUGCGCGAGCUUGACCAGGCCUUCAAGGACGCCGGCCUCGUCUGCUUCAACGAGAUCGGUCUUGACCCCGGAGUUGACCACCUCUACGCCGUCAAGAUCAUCAACGACAUUCACCAGGCCGGUGGCAAGGUCAAGUCGUUCUACUCGUACUGCGGUGGCCUUACCGAGCCCUCGGCUUCGGACAACGCCCUUGGCUACAAGUUCUCGUGGUCGCCCGUUGGUGUCCUUAUGGCCCUCAACAACACUGGUGUCUACCUCGAGAACGGCAAGCAGGCUACCGUCGGCGGCGGCAACGAGCUCAUGAAGUUCGCCAAGCCCUACUACUUCACCCCUGCCUACAACCUCGUUGCUUACCCCAACCGCGACUCGUCGGUCUUCCGCGAGUUCUACGGCAUCCCCGAGGUUGAGAACCUUGUCCGCGGCACCAUGCGCUACGGUGGCUUCUGUGAGGUCGUCAUGGGCUGGACCGACAUGGGUCUCCUUGACGACUCGCAGAAGGACUUCCUCCAGAAGGGCGCUGCUCCCCUCUCGUGGCUCCAGCUCUCGGCCCAGGUCUUCGGUGUCGAGGCCAACGCCGCCGCCGUCUCGGACAAGAUCCUUGCGCUCCCCUCGGUCCCCGCUGGCCAGCACAAGAUCAUCCUCCAGAAGUUUGCCUCGCUCGGCAUGCUCUCGGCCGAGGAGCCCGUUGCCCAGGCCGGCUCGCUCAUGCGCUCGCUCUCGGCUCUCCUCGAGACCAAGUGCCAGUUCCAGGACGGCGAGGUCGACCUUGUCCUCCUCCAGCACACCUUCGAGGUCAUCCGCGCCGACGGCCGCGAGGAGACCAUCGUCGCCAUGCUCGAGGAGUACGGUGACCGCCACGGCGGCCCCUCGGCCAUGGCCAAGCUUGUCGGUGUCCCCUGUGGUCUUGCCGUCCAGCUCGUCCUCGAGGGCAAGCUCAACAAGGCCGGUGUCCACGCUCCUUACGACGAGCCCACCGCCAAGCUCUUCCGCGACCGUCUCGAGGCCGAGGAGGGCGUCACCAUGGUUGAGAAGGUCUUCUAA